AUGGAGAGGAAGGGCUCGGCGGCCGGAGCCAAGGGGAACCCGAGUCCGCCCGCGGCCGGCGAGGCGCAGCGGCCCCAGCCGCCGCUGUGCGUCCCUGGCGGCGGCGGCGGAGGGACCCCGGCGCGGGGCCAGGCUGGGGCGGCGGCCGAGCCCGCCGAGUUCAUCCGGCGCGCGCACGAGUUCAAGAGCCAAGGGGCGCAGUGCUACAAGGAUAAGAAAUUCCGCGAAGCCAUCGGCAAAUACCACCGGGCGUUGCUGGAGCUGAAGGGGCUGCUGCCGGCCGCCGGGGAACGGGAACGGGACUCGCGCGGGGCCUCCCCAGCCGGGGCCCCCAACCCCGGCCGCCUCUCGGAGGAGCAGAGCAAGACGGUGGAAGCCAUCGAGAUCGACUGCUACAACAGCCUGGCAGCCUGCCUGCUCCAGGCUGAGCUGGUGAACUAUGAGCGGGUCAAGGAGUACUGCCUCAAAGUCCUGAAGAAAGAAGGGGAGAAUUUCAAGGCCCUUUACCGGUCUGGUGUGGCCUUCUACCACCUUGGAGACUACGACAAAGCGCUCUACUACCUGAAAGAGGCAAGAACCCGACAGCCAACAGACACCAAUGUGAUUCGAUAUAUCCAGCUGACGGAGAUGAAGCUCAGCAGAUGCUCCCAGAGAGAGAAGGAAGCCAUGUAACCAGAACACCUUUCUAGAGCCGCGCCUGGCCCGGGACACCCAAGCACCGCGUGGUGGAGAGACGCUCCCUGGGUUCUGUUCCUUUCUCCUCACUUCCUCCUCCUAUUACCCCUCAUCUCCUUAUCUACUCUCUUUGUGCACGGAAGGAGACCUGCGGGUUUGGAAUCUGGUGGGCUGCCCCGGCAGUGGAAGACAGCCUCCUUUCAGGAGGGGCAGCCGCUGAAAGAAACCCGGCUUUGACGGGAACAGCGGAGAGGACUGUCACAGGUUGGCAGUGCCAUUACAGCUUCGACUUGGGCCAGCGCUCCUGACACGAGGCAGAGCCCGGCAGGUGGACCCUCCCCGAGGCGUCAGGCACGGAGCCCACGGGCUGGACCCCUCCACAGCUUCUUCACAGACUGGAGCAUCUCACGGCAACUGUGACGAAUCCAGGAGCCAGACAGACACCAGAGGCAUCGGUUAAGCCCACAGAGUCCGAGAAUUUGCACACUGGAUUUCUGCACACACACACACACACACACACACACAAUGCCCGCCCACCAUCCCCAAGAACCCUCAGCCCCUGCCUCCCUCCCUCCCUCGUUGACUUGUUCUGUGCUUUCUCCUCUCCCCCUUGGGGAUCUGAGACUCCGCCAGGAUUCACAUGCCAUCGAAACCCACUCUCAGUGCCCGCUGGUGACCACACAUACCAUUCCCCCAGACUCCCGCCCAGCAGGCAGCUGUGACUGCAGAAGGUCAGGGUAGAGUGGGCCAAGGACUGACCACAUAGGACUGGGGGGAGGGAGAGGUGACGUCUAGGGGACAGAGCAUCGUGUAGACUGGGAGACUGAACUGUGGACGAAGUUAAGUGUGAAUAAAAAUAAAUGAACAGGCAGCAGUCCCUGUCACUUCUGUUGGAAGCAGCCCACUGCCUCACUUUUACUCCCUCCCCCAACCCUCAGUCAGAGUUACUUACAGCCAGGCAGGAUGGGGCUUCCCCAAGGGCAAUGGGCCACUUGUCCAGUGGUGUGCAAUGCUGGCUGCGCCUUUGUGCUUUUAGAGUAGGCUGGGAUUGUGGAGACUGCCCAGGGACUUGGCUGGGUGGGAACCUGUAAGCCCCUUUUUGAUGAAAUUAUCUGGACUCAAUAUCUAGCACGUAGAAUGCGUUCAACAAAUAUUUGUUGACUGAGUGAAUGAUGACUGCAGACUGGUUCUCCUGCCUUAAACUCAUUUUAUCCCAGCCUAGGCUCCAGAUACCUAUGCUCUUUUUGCGAUGCCAUGUAGCUUCAGUCAAAUAAGAAACAUUUACUGAGGGCUUCUUGUUUGCCUGUCAUUGUGCAAUAUGCCCUGGGACGAAGGAUGUAGCCCCGGUCUUCAAGGAGAUGGAAGAGUUGAGAAAUAGUCGUAGGAGAUUAUUACCAAUGACACCUUUAAUUUAUAUGAUGCUUUAAGAUUUUCAAAGCACUUUCAUGUAUUUUUUGUGUGAUCAGUGAGACAAUACUGUACAAAUUAAAAUAUAUACAGAUGCAAUAAUGUUAAUAGUGAGCAUUUAUUAAAUGCAUUCUCCUCAGAUCUUUACAUGUAUAAUCUCAUUUCUUUCAUGUAAUUACCCUACUAUUCCCAUUUGAUGGAUAAGGAACCUGAGAAACAGAAAACUUGUCCAAGGUUGCAUGGCCAUGAGUGGCAUAGCUAGGAUUUGAACUGAGUCUGUCUGACCCUAGAGUUUCAGCUGUUAACUACUCUGUAGUUAGUUGCUGCCCUAAAAAGUACUGGAUUGGCCAAAGGUUUCAUUCGGGAUUUUCCAUAAGAUGUUAUGGAAUGAAAUUUUUGACCAAUUCAAUAUUAUAUUGGAUAGUUGUUGUUGUUUGGUCACUAAGUCAUGUUCGAUUCUUUUGUGACCCUGUGGAUUGUAGCCUGCCAGGCUCCCCUGUCCAUGGCAUUUCCCAGGCAAGAAUACUGGAGUGAGUUGCCAUUUCCUUCUCCAGGGGAUCUUCGCAGGACAGUAUGUGUGACAAGCCCUGAUGAUGCCAAUGAUGGUACAUGGGCCACCUUUUGCUAUUUAGCCCUAGUUGAAAAAUGGUCCCUAGCACUUGACUCCCUAGUGGUAGAAAAGGCAGCUGAGACCUAGCAGUUAUUUCUGUGUAUUGUUCAUUCUACUUGCUGAUGGGCCAAUGUGUAUCCCAACAAUCCACCAAGCAUUCCUCACUCCACCCCCAGCUUUGGGAAAGAGUCACAAUUAUAGGUAGAGAAUGAAAGGAAACACGUUAAUUAUGGGUUAUUUAUUUAAUCAGAGGCUUCAGCACUGCAGGAUCCAAUCACUGCUCAGGGUCCAGAAGCCAGCAGCACAGGUUAUAUUCACAGAGUUCCUCAAAGACUUCCAGUGGGGUCUGCAAGAAGGUGCUAGAAAUAUCCAGGGUCUAGCAGCUGCUUGCCUGUAGCUCACCCUCUGGAGAAGGGAAACAGGGGAAAAAACUGUUAUUGCUGCCACAUUCUCCCCAAUCUCAACCAUAUCCUUCUCUCUGUUCUCUUCCUCCAAAAUGGUUUCACAUGACCCCAACUCAAGACCAUGUACACACAGUACAGGCAAACGUGCAAACCUCUCCCCUUCCCAAGCCUCCAUCCCAGAAAGUCUGUGAGUUGGCAGACUGCUCGUUAGGAUCUAAAGAAUGAAGAUGAGGUCAGAGGUGGCCUGCAGAACCAGUUCAAAUUGGCAGGGUCUCUCUUUGGUCUUCACGCAGUGAGGAAGGACUCAGGAGCUAUUCUCAAUGUGGAGCAAGAGAGGGUCUUGCCUCACCAAGAGUUGGGGCAGGGCUGGACAGGUGAUGUUAAGAUCGUUGCCAUCCUUCCCAGAAGUAGUUGAGGACAAUUUUGUGGGACCUCAUAGAGCAAGUAACCAGGCCAUCUGCUUGUCUAGUGAUGUAGAUACGCAUGCUAGGAACUCCAUUCACUGUGACACAAGUUCACUGAUCCCAAAGGAAGAAGCUGCCUGGGGACAUGUUUGAGGUGGUGGGACUGAAUUUUCUGUGCAUUGGUCCAGAGACUUCAGACAGCUGGUGAGCAACAUGAGGUUUGUUCACCUUACCAAACCUUCAGCUUCCUUCUCCUCAUCCCGCCCCCAAACAGGGACUAUCAUUUAAUACAUGUUUUGUUUGCAAAUGUCACUACUGAGCUGAACUUGGAGUGCUCAAUCUGGAUUUGACCUGCUUUGUCAUCUCCUGCUGGGACUUUGGUGAUAGAGACUUUGGAGAAAAAAAAUUACACUUUUGUUGUAAUUAUUAUGAGAGUCUCGGAAGUGUAUGGUAGAAAUAUUAGGGGGGAAAAAAGACAAAUUCUGCCCCAUAAUCCUACUACUGGAGACAGAUAUUGUUAUCCUUUUGAAUGUUUCUUUUUGGUAUAAAUGUACACAUGCACAUCCUUUUUAAACAGAAACUGGAUCAUACUGUACAUACUCCUUAAUAACUUACUUUUCAAAAUGUGUAUUUAUAUUUUAGAAUAUGUAAUACAUACACAGGUACAAAGUUCAAGAAGUACGAAAAGCUCUAGCGUCAGAAGUAAAUCUUCUUCCCACCCUGUGUGCCAGCCUCUAGUUCUUCAACUACUUCUAUCUCCUUACAGAGACAGUUACGCAUUUUCAAAGUUCUGUAUCUAUUUUGUCACAGUUGCUAGCAUGUUGGACACUUUCCGCACCUUGUGGUACUUCAUUCACAAUAUCAUGAACAUAAUAUGUUUUGUGCAUCUCCCAAGUGUUUUCAACAGCAUCCUCAUUGGGUGAGUGGACCUUCAUUUGGUAACCAAUCUUGUGAUAGUGAUUAUUUCAUCUGUUCCCAAUCUUUACUGUAAAUAACGUUGCAACAGACAUUCUCAUAGCUAAAAUUUGCACAUAUCUAGGACUAUUUCCUUAGGGUAAAAUCCAAGAAGGAAAUUAUUUGGCUAUCUUUAAGAAAUUUGAUAUAUGUUACCAACUGCCCUUCAGAAAGUUUGUACCAAAGCACUCUUCUUUUGCAGGCUUGAGAGUGUACUGCUCCCUGCACCCUCACUGCUAGUGGGUAUUAUCACUUAUCACAUCUUUACCAAUUUGAUAGGAAAAUAAUAGUGUAUCAAUGUUACAUGAAUUCACACUCCUUUAUUAGUGAAUAGCAUCUUCACGUGCUUAUUGGCCAUUUGUACUUCUUUAUUUGUGAUUUUUCUAUUUACUUGAUAUUGGUAUGUUUAUCUUUAUUAUCAAUAUGUACUUUUAUUAAGAAUAUUGUUUUUGGCGAGAAACAUUGCCAAUAUGCUUUCCAAGUGCUUUGCUUUCAAGUUUUGUUUAUGGUGCUUUUUGACAUACAUAAAUUCUUAAUUCUACAAUUAA